GGCUCGGGCUUGGCGCUUGCUUUGGGGGGCAGCUCCAAGGUCGGGUCGUUUCCCCACAUUAGCACAGGCGCAGCAUCGUUGGACAGCGGAGCUUGGUUUGGAGGUUCCAAGCGUUCAUUGAAUCACGACAGACCAAACAACAUCAACUUGCCAUCCUAAUACAUCCAUAUCUCGCCAGCCGCCUACUGUAACAACACCGGGGCAGGUUAACCCGUCAAUUCGAUCUCUGCAGCCUGCGACUUCCUUACCGAGGCCUUUUGCGACAAACAGAAUUCACAAUGUCUGCUCAAAGUUCAGCGGGUAUUCAGACCCUGCUCGAGGCCGAGCGUGAGGCGUCCAAGAUUGUCCAGAAGGCAAGGGAAUUCCGCACAAAGAGAGUAAAGGAGGCCCGCGACGAGGCCAAGAAGGAGAUAGAAGCCUACAAGGCUGAGAAGGAGGGCGAGUACAAGGCAUUUGAGUCCAAGCACACCCAAGGCAACAAGCAGGCCGAGGAGGAGGCCAACAAGGAGGCCGAGACCGAGAUCAAGGAGAUCAAGGAGGCCGGCAAGAAGCACCAGGACAAGGUCAUCAAGGAUCUGCUCAAGGCCGUCUUUGAGCCUCACCCUGUGCCGCCGACUGCUGCUUGAGCUGUUUGUUUGAAGAAACCAGUUGGCGUCAUGUUUUUUGCACCGAGCUUAUAGAAAGAUGAAUCAAGCAGCAUGUUGCAAGAUUGUCCAUUGAGAGUAGUUGUAGUAUGCAUCAACGCUUUUGGCUUUUUUUUUCUUCUUUUUUUCGUUCUAUAAAUCUUUACGCCAACUUGUAUGCCGCUAUGAAAACAUUGAUAUACACAUUAAUCAAACACCAGACAACUGCCUCCAAACAGUUAAUCUUG